UCUGUUAAUUAAUUAUAUCGUUUAGGCACACAUAAGGCUAGUAGGGCUAGGCACACACAAUACGCCCGAAUGCGGAAUGCACAGAACACUUUUACUCUAUCGAGGUGGAAUGGCUAACUGUGGCUAACUGACUGUGACAGAGUGACACUCCUCUGACAUAUUUACGCCAUGAUUGCUCACUUGUCAGUUUUUGGCAUGCGCGUUUGGAAAUGUUACGAAAACUCUGCUCGUGAGUGUUUUGUUGAAAUAAAGCUGUGAAAAAGUUUUUGAAAACUUUGUGUGUGCUUAUUAAUUACUUUUUGUGUACAUAUUAUAUAUGAUAGUGAUUAAAACUGUAUCAAAAUGAAUAAAACAUGUGCAAGGUGUGAAAAAACAGUUUAUCCCACGGAGGAAUUAAAAUGUUUGGACAAGGUGUGGCACAAAGGUUGCUUCAAAUGUCAAGAAUGUGGAAUGACGCUUAACAUGAGGACGUACAAAGGCUACGGGAAACUACCUUACUGCGAAUCACAUGUGCCAAAAGCGAAGCACACGACUAUGGCGGAGACACCCGAGCUCAAACGAAUCGCUGAGAACACGAAGAUACAGAGCAACGUGAAAUAUCACGCCGACUUCGAGAAGAGUAAAGGAAAAUUCACACAGGUGGCAGAUGACCCUGAGACGCUGCGAAUCAAAGCGAACACGAAGAUUAUUAGCAACGUGGCGUACCACGGCGAUCUAGAGAAGAAGGCGCAGAUGGAGAGGCUGCGGCAGAUCAACGAGAAUGGGGAGAUUGUCGAGAUCGCCUCAAAUGAUAACUACCAGCAUCAGAUCGACUCGUACGCUACGGAAAUGCUUAACGCACCGAAUCUACCGCCCAAGAACCAUUACCAAACUCCGGCGCAACAGAACCGGCAGUACCAAGAAAUACGCCAAGAAGAAUACUACCCGAAACCGGAAGAAUUCGCCUCACAGUCGAACUGCCCUCCACCGAGUCAAUACGCAAACCAACCGCAGAACUACAACCAGACUCAUGCAAACCAAAACCAGACUUACGUAGCGCAAACACAGAGUUACGCGAACCAAAACCAUACCUACGCGGCUCAAAACCAAAAUUACGCGAAUCAAGCUCCUAACCACGCCAGCCAGAAUCAGCAUUACUCGAGUCACAGCCAGGUUUAUCAGAGCCAGGUACACCCAAACCAGAACUAUGGAAAUCAGAAGAUUGGGAGGAUCCAAGACUAUGAUCCUCUGAGUGACGGCCCUAGGGCUGUCCCGAAUACCCAGAGGGCGUCUUCAACGCUGAUUUAUAAUAGCUCCAACGACAAACGAGGUGGCCAUCAGCCGCAACAACAGCACCAACAGCACCAACAGCACCAACAGCAGACGCGAUACAUCGGCCGCGUCACCGACAUGGACCCGCUCGCCGGCGAGCUCGUGCCGAACAACGCGGGCAAGCCACGCCCCAAUAACCACGCGAAUCAGACGGUAUACAUCGCGAUGUACGACUAUGAAGCAAAUGAUAGUGAUGAGGUUUCGUUCCGUGAAGGUGACCUAAUAUCUAACGUGACUUCCAUCGAUGAGGGGUGGAUGACGGGCCAAGUCCUGCGCACUGGCCGCACGGGAAUGCUACCAGCCAACUAUGUCGAGCUCUCCCCGGACUAUUCUAAUUGAAAAACAUUAUUCCACGUUUUGUUAUUUCACGUAUUUCAUGCCACAUUUCGUUAUUUCAUGCCACAUUUCGUUAUUUCACUCAUUUCAUGCCACAUUUCGUUAUUUCACGUAUUUCAUGCCACAUAUCGUUGUUUCACGCAUUUCAUGCCUCAUUUGUUUAUUUAUAACACAUUUUGUUAUUAUACUUAUUUAAUUCCACUUUUCGUUAUUGUAUACAUAACAACAACGUUAAUACAAGUUAUUUAUUUAUAUGAAAAUAUAAACACGGAGAUAUUAAAUAAAAUAUUAUCAUAUUUCAUUGUUUCACAAAUAUCAAGCCAAUAUUUUGUGAUCGUAAAUAUCAUGCCAAUUAGAUAUUGCCAAUUUUAGUACGUACAUAUCUUAUUGAUGUUAAUCCCGUUUUAUCUAGUUAUCAUAAACUUUGCGCCAUUUUUAAUUGCUUUUUCUACUAUUUUAUCAUAAUAUUUUAAUAGCACUAACUAUUUAAUCGUGCAUAACUUAUAUAUUUCUAGGUCUGUUUUAAAUUCAUUAAAAUAUACCUCAAACUCGAAAUGAAUAUGCUACUGUCAUGUUUUGUUACAAGUUACUAUUUGAAGAGAGAGAUAAAAUAUAUUAUUAAUUUCUCAAUUGCGGUGGCUAUUUGUAUUUCAAAACAUGUUGUUUUGUAAGUGUUUAGCAUUCCAGACAAUAAUAGCGCAAUUGCCAAAGUGCGCCCUGUUAGAACGGUAUUGCCAAUAUUGCGCGCUCUUUCACACUCUGUGAUUUCCGCGAUGUGAUAACCCUUGGCAUUUAAUGACGAAUAAAUAGAUAUAUUUUGCACGUCAUAAUGUUUACGCUAAUAUGCCACGAGUUUUGUAAUAGUAGAUGCAGUAUUUGCAUUUUAAAUACAAUGUUAAGCAUUCCUCAGUUUAUUGUAUUUGUUCUUUAUUAAUACCGAUUUGAAACUUUUAGUUUGACGCAAAUUUAAACUCUGUAUAUAUUUAAUUAUACAGCAUUUUUUAUUCUUAAAUUUAUGUUUAUAUACAAUGUGAAUACAUUGCGAAGAUUUUCUGCUUUUGAUUAUACUAAAGGCGUUCACUCGCAAUUCCCAAAGUAUUCGGGUCUCAAGAGCGCAUACUAUUAUUAUCUCUGAAAGGAAUCUUUAUGUUACUCACUCAUAUAUGCUAGGGUUGCCAACUCUUUCAGAAAGGGCAAAUUAGAGUAGGUACAGUUUUAAAAAUUAUGUCAUACUUUCAAUUACUUGUAAUUUUUUUUUCUCUUCAAACUUUUUCUUGACAUUAUCUUUUUGUUGUUAAGUUGUCGUGGCUGCGUCAGUAACGCCCGAGUAUGGAUAUGAGUUAUAUUUGGUACCCAUUUUAUAUUGUUCAGUAAAUCAAGUCUUAUUGUUAUGUUAAUCUUCCAUAUCGGAAGACAUCCACUGCUGGACAAUGAUCUCCACCACGGUCGGUCCUGCGCUGGUCUCAUCCAUCUUACUCCGGCGAUCUUGAUCAGAUCUUGUUAUUGUACAUGCUAUUACAGACAGUUUUUUAUAAAAAAAAAAAGUAUUUUAGCGUACUAUAUCUGUCUUAUUUAUAAACGCAGUGUAAAGUUACUUCAAGUUUAAAUUUACUUCGCUCUGUCAUGUGUAGUGACAAAGGUAAGAUAAAGACAAAGUUUUAAAUUGGGAUUAAGUUUACUUCGCGUUUAUAAAUAACACAGUAUGAGUACAAUACUCUAUUUUAGACGACGUCUGUAGUUAGAGCACCUAGUAUUGAUUGACAUUCAUUAUAACAAUAAUAAUAAUCGUGUAUAAUUACAAAGUAUAUUAGCAAUACUUAUGUCGUAUAUCCUAACUACUUUUGUAUUUACGAUAUAUUGCUUAUAGACAAUAACUUUUGUAUAUAUAUCUCUAUAUAUAUCUAUAAUAUUUUUUGAAAAGUAUACACUUUUGUAUAAAAAUAACAUUUUUGCUAUAUUUUUAGCAAACACUUCGACUUUUAGACCGAGAUCUAAGAUAAGUCAGCUUAAACUUAUCAUAAUCUCAGCUGUUAAAUGGCUAUAAGUACCAAAUCAAAGUUUGUGUUAAGCUUACGCUUAGCUAAGUUUUAUGUAAGUAAAGUCUGAGUACGCUCUAUAGAUCUCAGCCUUAAUAUCAAGGCUCUGAACAUCAAUUAACUUAUUGUUAUUACCAAGAAAAAUUACAAAAAUAAUAUAUAUGAUGAAACUGUACUAAAAUAUUGCCCAGUUUUGAUAUAAACAUUUAAAUGAAUAUAAUAUUAUAGAUUAUAGAGCAAUAAGAUGUUCAGUAUAAAAACGACAAUCCGCCAUUUUACCUGAAAUUUACAUUUUUCCAGGUGGAACUUGUAUCAAUCAUUCCAAUAUUUUUUGGGAGGUGUUUUUCAUAUAACUUACCUACUUACGCGAUACGCUUGUGCUUUCUUUACUUACGAUAAGUACCUGCUUUAUUGUAUUGGGUCGUGUAAAUAAGUGUAGUUAACUUUAAGUUACGGAGGGUUAUGUAUUCGUUUUAUUUAUUUCGGUGGGAAUUCUAAACGUAAUGCUAAACGACUUUUAUGUUAUAUUUAUAGGGCAACAGCUAGAACAAAAAUUAAAAUGGGUGAUUGUUUUGCAAAUGAGCUUGUUACGUUAAUAGUAUAAAAUGUUCUUAAACGAACAGGCUAUAUAAUGCUUUCUGACUCAUACAAGUCCCUAAUAUAGUCUGGUUUAUUGUCAGAAGUGGGAUAGUCUGAAUUGGGAUUGUAGCUUCAGAAUUGUAGACUGUAGUACGACUUAAUUCAGUCAAAAUCAAUAUAUGGACGGCAGUGUCACGUUUAGAUUUCUCAUGACAAUCAUCGGUACGGCAUAAUAAUUUUGAGAUUAAUCGAUCAAAUUGCAUUCCUAAAAGGGAUUUUGAUAAAUUUUGUUGCAUGUGAAAUAAACUGAUCAUGAAUAUUAAUUACUUUAACAAAUAAUUUUAAGUUAUUUUAUUUUUGAUGUGCAUUGUAUUGUACAGUCGCGUGCAACAGUCUUUUCGAAAAUUUUGAACAUGGUCAGACGCUGAUUUUGAUGAAAACAUCGAACAGUCACAGUAUGCAUAUACAUAUUUCGGCACAUACAAAUAAGUGCCAGCAAAUUCAAUUGAUAAUAUUAUAGUCAAUGUCCUUAUCAUAGAGAACUUUUAUUUAUACGAGGACGAAAUUAACAAACUUACUGCAAGUUUUAUCAUUGUCCUAAUAAAGCACAGACGUUCAUUUGGUGCCAGUUCUUUUAGAUUCGACUUGGAAUUUUCGUAGUGAAAGCGCGAAGUCAUCCCUUUUAAUGUCCAACAAUGCUCUUUCUACACCAUUGGUAUUGCCGCAUUGGGAAAUCGAGCGGUAGUAUUUUUUCCUCAAAAUAUAAAUUAGUGCUUACUGCCAAUAAGAACAGGCUGUCUCGACUCUCGACCGAUGGAAGUUCUCUUGAAUAAGAUAAGUUAUUUCACUACAAAUUGAUUAUUAUAGUUUACGUUUUGAGAUUGUAGCCACCAGAUCAUAAUAAUGUCAAUAUUUCGAGAUGUUUUUAUAUGUUAGAAAUAAAUUGUUUAGUUUUUAGAUUUAUUUAUUAUAUUAUUAAUUGAUGCACAAACAACGCCCGUCACUUCGGUCUUAAAAUAUAAUUUAUUUAAAUUAGGAUAUUAUAAUAAAUUUUGUGUGCGACGAUAUUCGGUGAGACGAUUGUGAAUUAAACGUUUGGUUCUUUUGUUUUGCGGCAAGGAUCGCUUCAUUCACAGACUGUAGUAUCAUUAACAAAAUCAUUAUUAAUGUUAUAGUAACCUUUACCACACAAACGUUUUUUAACAAUUCUUUAGAAUUUCGUAACACAUUUCUUUUGUACAUUUUCUGGGAUCAUGUUGUAAAAGUAUAUACAUCGCCAAAUUAAAGACUUACUAACUCGACUUAACCGAGUAGUAGGCAUAACAAGUUUAUGUUUAUUCCUCAUGUUAACAUUAUGAUUGUCGCAGUUUCUAGCAAAUUCCUUAAUGUGCUUAUGAACAUAUAGAACAUUACCAAGAAUAUAUUGAGAUGCAACAGUCAAAAUGUUUAUUUCUUUUAUCACUGAGUCGUUUCACAUCUGCCGGGUCAACAUUUUUGUUACUAUCAAAUUAAAGCGAUUGAAUUUAAAGAUUUAUAAAAGCAGUUGUUAAAGUAUAUUUCAACAUGUGUGACCAUUUUCCCAAUGCCAAAAUUUUCAUAUUAAAUUUGUCAAUACUCAGUCGUACCUACUUAUAUGUUACUCUGUUUUUAUUCAUCACAAUAAACGGCUUUUAAUGCAACUAGCCGUUAAAUUUAUUAUUAUUGUUGUUUUUAAGAUGAUUAAGUAUGUUACUAUAACCAUAUACUUCUACCAUUUUAUGUUCAUCCAGUAUCGGAAAAAUCACUGUUACAUUUUGCUUAUUAAUAAAUAUAUAGCUUUAUUAAUGUGGCAGAAAUAUUUUAUUUGUAAAGUCUUACUGAUUCUCAUGCUACGGCCACACUACCUUACCGGCAACUGAUCUGUUACAGCAAUACUGAUGGCAAUAACUAAACUUAAAUUUCCUCUGACAGUGAUAUUGUGGUUACCAAUGAAAGAUGACCGCAGCCGGAGCUAUUGCUUUCCGCCGCAGGCCGUAUUGUUCGCCAUUGUUAAAUUACAGCCAUAAAAAACUCCUACAUUAUUGCUAUAAUUAUGGCCAAACUUUCCUAAACAACAAUAGUUUUUUUUAAAGAUACAAAUAUUAUAAGGGCGACGAAAGCGACUGCUAGCGCCAUGUGUCAAAUACCCAAAAUUGACCCGUGGCCAUUUCACAGAUUUCAUCUGGACAUCAUACAAAUAUGGAAUAACGAAAUUGCAUAAUAUAAUAUAACUAGCUGACCCAGCAAACGUAGUAUUCCCAUACAAAUUAAUAAAAAUAAAUGUUGGCCGAUUCUCAGAGCUGCAAAGCAUACAAAUCGGUUCAGCCGUUUCGGAGAAGUUUGGUAACAAAAACAGCACUUUAUAUAAGUAUUAGAAUUAGAUAUUGUGACACAUUUACACAAAUUAUCUUGUCCCAAACUAGGCAUAGCCUGUACUAUGGGUACAAGAAAUAAUAACAAAAAUCAAUAUUCAUCAUAUAAAUGUUUGCAUCUACUGGGAUUUGAACCCGAUAGCUCAGUAAGCAGGGCACUAACCACUGGCUAUAUGGGUCGUCAGUGGUGUGGCCGUAGCAUUAAAAACCAAACCUAUGUUACAAAAUAAACAAAUUCUUGAAAGUAUUUUAUCCAUAAUCCACUAUUGGAAUAUAUUUAAUGGAUAUCUUUGGCAGGAGUUGCUUUUAAUAUUAUUGUUUCCAAUCGUAAAACUGCGUAUUUUACGUACAUUGUAUAUUCUAAUUAUUCCAAUUUUUGUAGGACAUCUGUAUUUAAGACUAAGUACUUUAAGAUUGUUAUGUAUGUAACAGUAUUAUAAGCCGAUGUAAAAGUGCCUUUAUACAUUAUAUAUUUUAUUAAACUA